AUGAAGGCAGCAGUAGUUCUCUUGAGCCUUGUGUGCCUCGGGUGGGCAGCACCCCAGAUGAGGAAGCCUUUCCACGAGCAUUUCUCAGACUUCAUUACUAUUAUCGAUGAUGAAGCUGGCGAUGAGAGGGACCAUUUAACUGAACACUACUUGGAGUUUGAGGAAUUCACAGCGACUAUCGAUUAUAUGGCCGGAAAGGACUUUAAAGGGCUAGUCAAAGAGAUGGAAGAGCUUCCAGAGUUCAAGGCCGUUAUUGAAUUUUUGGAGGGCCACGAAAUCGACAUCACUUACUACAUUGACUUAUUGGAUAGCUUCAUCGAUCAGCUCAGCUCCGGCCAAAAGCGCCACGAGCUAAGCGGUAGAGACAUGAGCGCUUACAUCAAAGAUACCAUCGCCAUUUUACCCAAGGAGAAGUUGGAUGCACUUUAUGAUGAGAAGAUCGAAAACGACGAAGAGUUCAAGAGGGCCAUGGACAGCCUCCAGAGCGACGAAUGGAAGGAAAUAUGGGACGCUCUCUGGGAAAACGAGACCUUUAAGGCCGAAGCAGACGAGCUCUCCAAAAAUGGUAUUGACCUCCAGAUGCUUCUUAGCGAACUUGUUGCCAUCUUCGGACAAAACUAA